CACCUACUUACCCGUCGCCCUUCGCUCUCUUUCGCCGCCCCCAACCACCAAACACUCGCACGCACGCUCUCUCCACACACAAACACACACACACACACACACACACCCGCCAUGUCCACGCGCAAGAGGAAGCAAGAGGCCGAGGAGGAGGAGGAGCUCGUUGCCCUUCCCUCCGACGAAAGCGACAGCCUCGACGAAGAAGAGUACGAUGAUUCGGAAGGCUCCUUCGACGACGAAGACGCAUCCGAAGACAGCGAAGAAGAGCUCGCGGAAGCCCCUCCCAAAUCUAAGAAGCGCAAAACUACCAAGGCUGCCAAUGAAGAAGAUGAGGAAGAGGAGGAAGAGCCCGAAGCAGUUGCAACCGACGAAGAAGAACCCGAGGGCGAGCCCGAAGGCGACGACGACGAAGAGCCCUCCGCGGCCAAGCCCAAAUCGGGUGGACCAACGAAGGCUGCCAAAUCGCGUAAAGCUCGUGACGUUCCCGAGGAAGACGACCUUGCCGGUGUCGAGGGUGAAGAUGAUGAAGAGUAACCGCUGCCGUACGCGUGGUAUACCCGCUGUUUGUUUGAUCUGCUUUAUUUCUGAUGAUCUUGGGGUUUAAUGUCAUUUAUGUCUUCAUUAUGUCCGCGCUGAACAAUAUAAUGAUUUUCCUAUUUAGCGUCCUACUUUGGUGAGUCCGAAGUUAUUCUGCAGGGUUCCCAUCAACUCACUGCAGCAUAUAGAAACCUACUAUAACCUGC